CGCAUCGGUUGACGGCAGACGUCGGUCGGUAGCUCGGGGGGAAAAAGGGCGAGCAACCACACCAUCGCCGACAUCCACCUCUAGAUUACAGUCACUUUUCGAGAUGUCAAGAAAGCUGCAAAGGACAGAGGUCUGCGCCGACUGCAGUGCGCCAGAUCCGGGCUGGACCAGUAUCAACCGAGGAGUCUUGAUAUGUGAUGAAUGCUGUUCGGUCCAUCGCAGUUUAGGGCGCCAUAUCUCCAUAGUCAAGCACCUGAGGCACAGCGGAUGGCCUCCUGCACUACUGCAGAUGGUUCAGACCUUAGCCAGUAAUGGAGCCAACUCCAUAUGGGAACACAGUCUCCUGGACCCUGCUCAGGUGCAGAGUGGUCGUAGGAAACCCAACCCCCAGGACAAAGUCCAUCCCACUAAGUCAGAGUUCAUUAGAGCCAAAUACCAGAUGCUGGCCUUUGUGCACAAGCUGCCCUGCCGCGAUGAUGAUGGUGUCACCACCAAGGACCUCAGUAAGCAACUUCACUCAAGUGUGCGGACAGGGAGUUUAGAGACAUGUCUUCGGCUCCUGUCCCUCGGUGCUCAGGCCAACUUCUUCCACCCGGAAAAAGGCACUACCCCGCUCCAUGUGGCAGCCAAGGCAGGCCAGAUCUUGCAGGCUGAGCUGCUAGUGGUGUAUGGUGCAGACCCCGGGGCACCUGACAUUAAUGGACGUACGCCUAUGGAUUAUGCAAGGCAGGCAGGCCAUAUAGACUUAGCAGAGCGGCUUGUGGAGUGUCAGUAUGAGCUGACAGACAGGCUAGCCUUCUACCUGUGUGGACGGCGUCCAGAUCACAAGAAUGGCCAUUAUAUCAUUCCUCAAAUGGCAGACAGAGCUCGUCCUAAGUGCCCGACACAGAGCCUGGACCUCUCAGAACUGGCCAAGGCCGCCAAGAAGAAACUCCAAGCGCUAAAUAAUCGCCUGUUUGAGGAGCUAGCGAUGGAUGUCUACGAUGAGGUGGAUCGAAGAGAAAAUGAUGCAGUGUGGCUUACGACCCAGAACCACAGCACUCUGGUAACAGAACGCAGUGCAGUGCCCUUCCUACCAGUCAAUCCUGAAUACUCUGCCACACGAAACCAGGGCCGUCAGAAGCUGGCCCGUUUCAACGCUCGAGAGUUUGCCACGCUCAUCAUCGAUAUCCUGAGUGAUGCCAAAAGGAGACAGCAGGGAAAAGGUCUCAGCAGCCCUACUGACCCACUGGACCUGGGCAUUGAUGAUGACCAGCAUGACUAUGACAGUGUAGCAUCUGAUGAAGACACAGACAGUGAGCUGACCACCCAGAACAAUAACAACACUCAACGCAGCAACCGUGCAAAGAGUAUGGACUCGUCGGACUUGUCAGAUGGUCCCAUUACCCUGCAGGAGUACCUGGAGGUGAAGAAGGCCCUGGCCUCCUCAGAAGCCAAGGUGCAGCAGCUCAUGAAGGUCAACAACAACCUGAGCGAGGAGCUCCGGCGGCUCCAAAAAGAGAUCACACGGAUGCAGACAGAGAACAGUGCCCUGCGGGGGGGCCAGCAGGCUGGGGGGGCAGCCGGCCAUGGGGUAGGGGGGCCUGGUGGAGGAGGAGGGGGGGGAGGAGGAGGCCACUGGCAAGGGGUUGUGAUGCUAGGAGGUAUUGGUGGCGGGGGUCUGGGUGGGUUUGGGCCAGGAGCGGAACCCCCGGGGCUUUCGGUGCCCUCCUCGGUCGCCCCCCACUCCCAUCCCCACCGGAGGGACCGCCAGGCCUUCUCAAUGUACGAGCCAGGGGCGGCCCCCGGCCCCACGGCCCAUGGUCCCCCAGCCCUGGACUCCCUGGCAGCCCGCCUGCAGCCCCUCAACACACCCAGCGUAAGGAAGGGUAGUACAGGGGGUCCAACACCAUAUGGAGGCCAGCAUCUGUCUGGAUCUACAGAGAUGGGCAGAUACAUGAUUUCUAAACCAGAGAAGCACGGCAGCGGCACAGACAGUGACUAUGACAACACACAAACAUACGACCUCUCGCUAAGUAUGGGCCGCAGCAGUGAGGAGGAAGGUCGCGGGGAGUCUGAGGAGGGAGGAGGUGGGGGCGGGGAGGCGGGGGAGCCAGACCCCACCCUGCCCUGCACAGAGGAUGUCAUACUGAAGACUGAGCAGGUGACGAAGAACAUCCAGGAGCUGCUCAGGGCUGCUCAGGAGUUCAAACACGACAGCUUUGUUCCAUGUUCUGAGAAGAUCCACUCGGCUGUCACUGAGAUGGCGUCACUCUUCCCCAAACGCCCAGCGUUGGAUGCAGUCCACAGCUCCCUCCGCCUGUUGGCUUCCAGUGCCUCACGGUUGCAGGUUGAGUGCCGUAAGGCGGCACCCUCGGAGCCCGGGGCCCCUGCAGUGGACUACCAACUCCUCACUCAGCAGGUCAUCCAGUGCGCCUACGACAUCGCCAAGGCUGCCAAGCAACUGGUCACCAUCACCACUCGUGAGAAGAAACAGUGACCCAACAAAUGCAUGGAUGGAUGGAUGGAGAGGGAAGAGGGAGAGAGAACAGAUCAAUGCAUGGGUGGGCUAAGAGGAAUGGGAGGGGCUUCUAAGAGAGGAAGAAAGAAGGAUAAUAUGAUAACACUAGAGAUGGGAGGCCUUGGGAGGGGGAGUGAGUUUGAUGGGCAUGAUGAGGAAAGGAAAACUAGAGAGAAGUUUGGGAAAUGCAUGGAAAGGAAAUGGAUGAAAACACUGAUUGUUUAAUGGAAACACUACAGAGGACUGAAAACUGAGAAAUUUCACAAGUGUGGAAGUGAAAGUAGGGGAGGACGAGUGCGAGGAUCCAACAUGGUAACUACAGCCAGGAGCGACCUGAAUAAACAGUUGGAAUCAGAUGUGUAUAAUAAACCGUUAACUGUGAUUAAGCAUGUGUGAAACACAAUGGUGGCGAUGCACAGUGAACUGGAUCCUGAGAUGUUACCGCUUUAUUUAUUCUCAACUGUCACUUGUCAUCCCUCCCUCUCCCUGUUUACUCUAAUUGGGGAGGGAGGAAGUGUAUGCUGCGAGAGAGGGAAGUAGAUCGACCAACCAUGACAUACUUCGUACCAUCUCCAUCCCUCCGUCCUGUGAGAAGUCAGGACGUUCCUCCUCUCCUUUCCUCUCUGGCCUGCUCCUUUGCCCCUCUCUCUCUCCAACCAGACACAAGGCCUCUCUGUCUCCUAUCCCGUCCCGUACUGGAUGAACUCCCAGUGCAGCAAAGGACCCCCUGGGAUCCAUCUAAUGCCACUUCAUCCUACUCUACCCCCCCCCCCUUGUUGGUGGUACACAGCAUGAUCUGGCAUGUUUUAAUUUCUUUCCUCUCUCUUCUUUUUGUGUUUUUUUUCCUUUUGAAUAUGCCGAUUGGUGUGGUUUGCACCUCUGAGGACAAACAUUACUGACUUACAAAAACAAAACACUUACACUGGAAUAAUUGUGAUUUAUUGUUAUUGUUUAUCAUGCCUAUUGUUCUUUUUGUAUUGAUAUUUUUACUGACUGUCAUCUUGAUUUAACUGUUUUUGUAUGUUUAUUUCUUUGUCUCAAAUAUGAUUCUCAAUGAGUGGGAUAGGGAGACAGGUGGGAGUAUGUGCUCAACCUCUUACUGGGAUUUAAUUAAACAUGCACACAUACACAUAUUACACAAAAAAAAAAAAAAAAAAAACCCUGUGAAAUGGUCCUCGACAUUUCUCAAGCGCUCCGUUUCUGGAUGACAGUUGAGGUUUUUUUUUUCUUCAUGUUGUAAUAUGUCCUGCGGCCAAGGGGUUGAACAGUUGCCAAAGGGGGGUGGGCGUUAUGGGAGAUUUGUUUUUGGUUUUGAUUUUCUGUCAGACCGAAAGCCCCUUGGUUAUGUCAUUAUGACAGGACAUGGAUCAAAAUGCUCAUGAAUGCUUCAUGUAUCCUCAGCUGUCUAUUUGCGCUUGAUAUAUCUUAAAGUUUGCCUCAUUUAUUAGAACCAGUGGAAUCAUCUCAGAAUCAAUCCCAUAUUCAUUUUUGCUGUGCGAAGCAGGAUAAUAAAAUCAAGCGCACCAUUUGGUCCAGCUUGUGUAUGAGGAGUAACCCCCCUGUCUCGCUUUAAAGCAGUAUGUUAUUGACAUGGCUGGUGUGCACCUGGGUGCUUGUAUUACACAGCAUCCAUUAUUUACAUGCAUGUAAACAAAUGUUGAGUCAAAUUAAGUUGAUACGACAUACUGGUAUGUUGCAGUUAAGCUUUAAGUAGACCUGUAGGAAACACCAGAUCUAGUAACCUGGAGUGUACAUAUGGUGAGAGAUACUCAUCACAUCUUUCAUUUGAAAAUGAAAAUUUGUGCAUUUGAAAUUGAUUCAUCCACCUCAAGUGUGCUUGAUUUACUUUGCCAUGUAUUAUUUUCACUUUUUAGACUGUGUGGCAAGCACAAUCAAGCCCACAGCCACUGUUUUCCGACUGAUUCUCUGUCACGGCCUGCUGAUCUGGGCCACGGAAGUUGUCACUUCUAGCUCACUGUCUCGGAACUCUGCUAAUGGGAGACAGCAUUGGGAACAAAGAUGUUUUUUUUUUUUUUUUUCUUUUUUAAAGAUAGCGCACUUAGCCUACUGUAGGUUUAAAUCUUGUUGUACUGUGCCGAACAAAUAUGGUCAUAUCUAUAAUUAAGGAUUCAGAUGGGAUCUAAAAAGUCUUUGCUAGCUGCCAGGAGGACCGUCCUCUUCUAGUUUAGAUACACCUCUAACCUUUCUCGAAUGAUUCUGCAGCUCAUUUCUCAAAGUGUUUGUGGCUCUAAUAGUUGGUUGUUCUUGCGAUGGCCUAUUCUAUAAUCCUCAUUGCUCAGAAGGCUUCUGCACAUUAAAUUUACUCACCUGAAACAAUGACCUCAUCCUUCAAACAGCAGUUACAGUACAUCUCAAUUUUUUUCUUGUAUUGCUGCCUUUCAGCAAGAAGCAAUUAGACCUAAAUUAGCCCCAAACACUUUGAGAGAUUGAUGCCACCUUCAGCACUUCUCUGUCCACUUUAUUCGUGUUUUGUUUUUCACUUUUCCCCCCGAUCAUCACUUGGGGUGUCUGACUCUCAGUGUUCCUCAUUCUCUCAUAGAGUUGCACACGUCUUUGUAGGAGGAGGAUGGAGUUGUUUCUCUGUUUCAUGUCAAAACAAUUCAUGUCCAGAAGACUCUUGAAAUGUAUCAUUGUUUGAUAUUGAAUGCCUUUGCACAUCAUCAUCAUCUCCUGUUUGACUGGCUGAGUUACAGUGAUGUUGUACUGACUGCUGAAACGACAGAAAUACUUACACACAUGCACACACACACACACGCACACGCAUGCACACACACAAACACACGGGGGCCAGUAGAAAAGCUUGUCCCUUCUAUCAUGAUCGCCCAAGUUUUAGACUAGAGCCAUAUAUAUGAACAUAUAUUUUCAUGUUAUAUUUUAUAUUAAGCUAUAUGUUAGGGUUAUGUUUGCAAGAUGUUUAUGUCUCUUUGUUGGCCCAAGUGAGCUUCAGGCCAAAUCUUCAUUCAGCUCUUAAGUCUUGACACCUGAUGUACUUGUAGAUACUUUUAAGUCUUGUGAGUUUGGUCAUGUUGUGGUAUUACCCCCUUAUGUAGUCAUAUUGUACGUAUUAAUGAUCCUAUUAGAAUCCACAGAAAGUGAAGAGUGAGAACAAGAGUUUGAUCCAGGUGUGUUCUUAGUUGCACUAUUUUCAAACACCAGCUGGACGAAGUAGGAUCUACAUUAUGUGCUGCACUCUUCCAAAGGUCUUAGUUCAGGUACAUGAGGUGCACGAGGCAGGGGUUUAAUGCGGGAUAGAGCAAUUAGAAAAGUCUGAAGCGCACUUCGGCUUAGCACUACAGUCAUCUCAAGACAGCGGAAGGAGGGUCUAAAACGCACAUGGCCUAUUCCUUCCCCAAGUUCGUGGACACUACGUAGGGUGCCUCUAGUGUGAAUGUUAAAUGCUUCCAUCAGUUCAUGUCCAAAACACUUUCGACACCUUCAUCAUGCCCAGAAUUCAGCACGUACUUUCCAACAUCAAACACACACCCUCAACACUUAUCAGUUGGACCAAGCCUUCAACAAGUACAAUUAAAAUGCAACCAGUGAAUUAUACACACACACUUCUGAUACUCAGCCAUUGGCAGUGCACUGUGGCCUGUACUGUUGCUGUCCCUGUGUUUCUUCACAGCUCUACACUUUGGGAGAUGGGUGACGGGAGAGUUAUCUUUUAACAGAAGACGUUAAAAACUGUAUAAAGUAGAGAAAACAAUGACUUAAAAAGGUCAAUCGUAAUGGAAACUCAUAAG